GGCGAGGAAACAGAGAGAGAAGAGAAGAAAGGAGAGAAGAGAAGAGAAAGAGAGAAAGAGAGACGAGAGAAGCAUUGAAGCGCUCUCUGAAGCGAAGUUUUGAUUUUGAAUCAGAGACAGGAGAGAGAGAUUGAUUUAGUCGUGAAAGUUCAUUUUAGUAUUGAUUUCUUUUUAAAGCUGGCUCUGGUAAAAUGAACUGUUUUGUUUUUAAUUAGUCAUACAUCCCUUUUUUAAAGUUAAAGUCGCUCGCGUUUAAGUUUUGAUUUUUUUUUAUUCUAUUGCAAAACGGACCUCAGGUCCAGAUUAAUUUUUUUAUUAUUAUUUAUUCGGACGCGUUUGAACUAAAAAAAAAAAACACAAUUAUAAUCGUCAUGGAAAACCAAAAAACUGUGACGUCACCAACUCCGAACGGCAUCAACUCGAUAGACAGCAUGCCGAGGGACCUGUCGGAGCUGAUCAAGCUGUCCACGCAGGAGGUGCACGAGCGCGCCGAGAACACGGAGUUCAUGAAGGGGUUCCACAGCGUCACACUCACGCAGUUAAAGCUCCUUCUCUCCUCUCUCUAUACACACUACUCUGCUCUGGAGGAGGAGCUGGACCGGCUCUCCUCGAACCCGUGUCUCUCUCCCCUUUGUAUUUCCCGGUGGCAGCUGCACCGUGUCGCCGCUCUGCAGGCUGACCUGCGCUAUCACUACGGGGCCGACUGGAGGAACGAGGCUGUGCUUGCCGUCCCCGCGGCAACCCGAGAGUAUGCAGAGCGCAUCCACGAGGUGGCGCACUCUAACCCCUGCCUCCUGAUCUCUCACUCCUACACACGGUACCUGGGUGACCUGUCGGGGGGGCAGGUCCUCAGGCGAUUGGCUCAGAGGUCCCUGGCCCUGCCCCCCACGGGGGAGGGGCUGUCCUUCUUCUGCUUCCCUGAAGUGUCCCACGCGGGGCGCUUCAAGGAGCUGUACCGCGCGCGCAUGAACUCCCUGGAGCUGAGCGACCUGGCUCGAGGACAGGUGCUGCAAGAGGCCCAGACCGCCUUCCUGCUCAAUGUCAAGGUUUUCGAAGCGAUCCAGAAGAUGUCUGUCGUCCCUCCUCCGCGCAGCUCUGAGAACGGAGCGCUGAGGAACAGAGUGCCCCCCCCACGUACACACAGUAUUCAAUCGGAGAAGGGCCCUCCCACCAGCUCCCUGUCGGCCUCCCCUGCCCUACGAUUGGUCCUGGCGCUCUGCUUCGCGGUGGUAACGGUUGCUGUGGGGAUCUACGCGCUGUGAGGCGGGAUAGGAGGAGAGAGAAGCAAUGACCCGCCAGGGGGCGCUGCACACCUGCAAUUCUUCUCAUGUUCAUGAAUUCCAGCACUUAAUUCAUAUUGUUUGAACUUG